UACGCUGCUGGUACAAUUUGUUCUCUCCAAUCAUUGUUUCUCGUGCUGCUAUUCUUUUCUUAGAACUAUAUUCACAACUAGCUAGCUAGUAGGCUCAACAGGUUUCUUUUUGUUUCAGAAUUGACAUGAUUUGUUGUUCCCGGAACUGGGGAGGGGAGAGAGAGCCAGACAACUAGCUAGUCACAUUGAUUGUGUGUCUCUUUCCAAUCCUUUCUCGUUAUGCCUUGGUAUGCUGCCACUAUAUUAUGUAGUUCAGCCCAGUGCGUUACUAUUGAUACAAUCGAAUCAAUUCAUCCGAGACGGCACUGGGCGUGAGGACCCCCAAAUCGGUAAAGAGCAGAGUGAUGAAUUUGGGUGGUGUGUAGUCACAGGGUGGAUUUUCCACCUUGACCUUGUCGGACGACAGAUCCACCGGGGCAAAGGAGGUUUCCUUUUCUUUUGUUGUGUUUGUUGUGGUAUCGCAAAACUGCAUGGGGAUAUUGCCCACAUUGGGAAUGUCUCGUUGCAGGAGCGGAUACAAUCGAGCAAACUUGUAGCUCUCCGCCGCGACAUAGAAUGGUUUCCCAUUGGCUUGUGCACAGGUCGCCAAUGCGUUGGUUCCCAUUUUGUUGACAAUCCCGCCAUUUUCCACUACUCCUUCGGCUCCCACAAGGACGAUAUCGACGGUGUCCAUAAUAUACCCCAUGGCCGAGUCCAAGACAACCGUAGUGGGAAUUUUGGCACGUUGACUGUAAAAUUGGGCCGCCCGUGCUCCGGCCGCAUCGGGUCGUCCUUCCAAAAUGACAAUAUCAAAAUGUUUGGUGGACGCCGCUUGCAACAGUAUCGACGCCACGACGCGACUCCAUCCAUGCGUCAACACCGUUUGUCCUUCUUGGAUGAAAUCGGAUGCCAAAUCGGCAAUGCGAUCGCGUGCCGCCAAGGAAAUUCCGGCAAAGCGUUCGCCUCGUGUCAAGACAGCUUGUCGACAUUGUUCAAAAUCGGGCAAUUCUUCCAAAAAAGUGCGGGUGACGUAUUUCAAAAACAAUUCGCAGCCACUGCGGACGGCGAUACUGUGAGAGCGACCAUCGGUACUGGUAGUUGCGGCAUUCAUCAUGCAGUCGCUGGCUUGUUUGAGUUCGUUUUGCAUUUCCAUCAUGGUGGUUGCCUGGGAUCGUUCGACGACUCCCAACAACGCCUUGAUGGCCGCGACCGGCAUGGCCGUGGCGGAUUUGUCAAAGAGAUUGUCGUCAUCGCCGUGGGAUGACUGCAAGUGCUUCUUCAAGUCUUGAAGAACCAACGGAAUCUCAUCAGCAGCAGUAGUACUAGUACCUGUCGUCAUACUGCAGUGAUUGAUGUUGAGCAGUGUGGAUUGCUGGAUCGAUGAUGGCUCUGUCAAUGAUUGUGUUGGUGGAUGAUGCCUGGUGUGGGCGGGGCAAAAAAUGGAGGGUCAACAGAGACAAGCUUAGCUUUGCAAGCUGCCGUCAAAUUCGUGACUGACCUCAUUUUUAGUCAAAGAUACUUUUCCAGAACAAAAGCUGGGACGAAACUGAUGUUGCCUUCCUGCAAGUCUGAGGAUCUGCCACAGUUUGUUGAUGUUGAUCCAUCAAAAGACUACUCCAGCUAUAGUAGCAAGUCAAUAACUAUAUGAAAGACAUGGCAACCAAACUGGAGAUUGAACUGGACGAUGGGGAACGUCGCGUGAUGAAACUCAUUAAACAGGCGCAUCAAGAAAAAUCAACCAUUGCGUGCGUCCGCAUUGAAUACUGGGGCGAAGAAGGAGGCAUUAUAAUGUCGCACGAACAAUUCCAGGAUAUCUUUACGUGCCUUGGCAGUUUUCCCAAUCUGCAAGAUGCCAUUUUGCAUUUUACUCAUGACGCACCACCCUUGCCCGUCCAAGCAUUGCAGCAGUUGAUUUUUUGUCAUGUUGCACAAGGAGGCGACGAUGAUGAUGAAGAGGCGUACGAUGAAUACGACAAUGGCAUGGCCACGGCUACCCGACGACUGGAAUACUUGUCGCUGCAUCGCGUCAAACUGCAAGGGACUCUUUCCGAGUUUGCGGCACUCGGUGACUGUUUGAAGCGGAAUGAAUCCCUUAACAAGAUUCACUUGUCCGGGUGUUCUUCUAUUGUCGUCACAGCGGAAGAAGAUGAAUCAUCAUCAACAACAACAAUGGACGGUCAAGGCAUGGAUUGGAUCCUCGAGGCACUCGGCAACAUGGCAUUGCUGGAAACCGUUCACUUGGACGCCAUUGAUCACCUUUCGGCCAGUGCGUUUACUGCCAUUUGUCAGUCCCAGUCGAUCCAUAAAAUGGAGCUCUGGAACAUGGCGGACGACCUCAAUCGACACGGUCCGGCCAUUGCCAAAGCACUCAGCACACGUCAAAGUCAAAAUCACAAUACUGGAGGUGGUCUACAUGAACUGGAAAUUUCCAGCAAUCUACAACGGCCGGCCGGCAAUGCCAUGAUUGAAAUGUUGCACUGCAAUACUACUUUGGAUUCCAUUGGAUUGGAUCUAGAGUAUGCCGAAUAUGGAGAACCACUCUCCCAAGUCCUGUUGCAGCAACCAGCCUGUGAUAACAACAACAAUAAUGACCCAAACAAUAACAACAGCAAUGCCAGUUUAAAGACUUUGCAUUUGCGAUUGGUGGCGGACGAAGAAGAAGAAUCAGCAAUAGAAGACCCACCGCAAGAUCAUGAUGAUGCAACUAAUGACGGUACCGAACCAGAUGCAGAGGGUGUCAACGACAGCGACAGUGACAAUGAGACAACAACAACUAGCGUGGAAACAGCCACAUUGGCCAAUGCCAAAAUGCUCUUGACGGCACUCGAAUCCAACGACACUCUGGAACAUUUGCACAUGAACUUUUAUCACAUUUCGCCAGACGACGUUCAAUCCACACUCAUUCCCUGCGUCGAACAACUCUUGCAAAUCAAUUUCGUACUCAAGGACUUGACGUUGCGAGGACGACACGACUUUACUCAUUUGAGCGACAAGGCUCGAUUUGGAUUGCGUCUCAACCGGGCCGGUCGUUACGAACUGCUGCUGGGAGGCAAUAACAAUAAUGAUGGCGGCUUGGCACCACGGACAAAGUGGAUUGACACGAUUGCGGCGCAUCAACAAGAGGUGGAUAUCGUCUUUUAUCUCUUGUCGACCAAUCCAUCGUUGUGUUGUACAGCAGCAACAACAACAACGACAGCAACCAAGGCAGAAUGAAUAGGAAGUCCCUGCUUGGGUUGGUUGGCUGCCUGGUUUUUUACGAGGUGCUCCUGUGCCUUUGCCAGCUCUUCCUGAUCAAUUCGUUUGAGCAUACCGGUAGGUGAGAUGGAGGUUCCCUUGGGUCGAACUGAGAUGAUGCUCGAUGCUUGGAGUUGUUUAAUGGCUUCAAUAAUAAUUCCAUGCACCUGGUGUUGAUGAAC